AUAUUCUUUGGUUGUGAUGGACUACUGACAUAUUUUAUUUCCUCCAUCUCCGUUAGAGGUGAACGUCGAGGCAAAACAGUAGCUAGAAGGCACUGUGUCUGGCGAAUAACUCGCGAGUUUCCUACUUGUACGCCAAAGCUAACCGCUGGCAUACCUACUUUUCUUCGGUUCCUCACUUCAAGGGCAUUUCCUGAGAGCUAGUGGCUGCUCGGCGCACGGGGACACCGCCGUCUCCCGCACUCUUGGCAAGCGUGUGGUAUCUGCGAGGAGUUUGCAAAGUUCGACUUCGAAAAAGGAAGCACAAUGCCAAGCACAGGGGAGAGUGAUACCGGUGGCAAGUGCCCCCCAUCGUCCAGUAAACUCCCAGAACUACGCGUUUCAUCGCCGAAGGACCAGCCUGCUUCAUCGCCAUACAUGGAUCCAAGCACGGGCAAGGCUAUUCCCAUCGAAAAGGGCGACUGGCGACGGACAGGCGUGCCUCCCACUCAACCACAAGCCGAUGGUGAAUCGCAAUGUGUUGACGGCAAAAACGUGCUCGAUCCAAAUCAACUUGAUUUCAGAAUAGAAAGACAAGAGAGUCGCCUUCCAGAAGAAGAAGAAAUAAAGUACUGAUUAGGGGUCCGCUGAACGGCAGUAUAAUUUCCUCCGUAGUCGGCCAGCUCUGUGUAUAGUGGGUGCCGCUCCAUUCAGU